UUCUAGUUUCAACAAUUUUCUUAAUACAAUAAUUACUGCACAAACAUGGUCGAUAAUAUGCUUCAAUACAGUGGUGGUCUUGUGGGCCUCAUUGUCUUAAUUCUUGACUUAAUUGUUAUCUUUGAAGUAAUGAAUUCCAACCGAAGUAUAUCUGGUAAACUUGGCUGGUCUCUUUUAGUCUUCUUCUUCCCAGUUGUUGGGUUAGUGCUUUAUUUCCUUUUGAGUGAUCGAACCGAACAUAAUGCGAGAUAUGAAGCUAUCGCAUAACGAAAGAACAUUGAGGCGCACACCUUUAACACUGACGAAUAUAAUACUCAAGAAAAAAAAAGCUCGUUUUCCUGUUUCUAUUGAAACAGGUACGCAGCUCUCUGUAUUUUUAUUAUACGUUGAUUCUUAUCUCCUUCGUUAUUCCUUCCUGUUAUUUAUUAAAUCAAUUAAUCAAAACGACAUUUUUCGAUACGAACUGUAUCUUU